CCCCCCCCCCCACCCCCACCCCCCUUCUCCCCCACCCUACCCUCUACACGGUCAUUGUCGUCGAGCGAACUCGCUCGCCGCAUAUGACGUCCAAGAACCCAGGACUGGAGUGCGCCGCAGGCUGUGGCUUCUGUGGCACCGCCCAGAACGACGGACUGUGCUCGGUCUGCUUUGCUGCCUCCAAGCCGCGGUCAGACUCGGCAGGGUGCCUCGGUCUCACCUCGAUGGACAUCCCCCGGGCCCGCAAAGCCGAUUUGCCGCCCGAGGCUAUCUCGGAUGCGGCUGCGGCCGGUGGUGAUCGUGUUCCGCGUCCGUCAGCUCCGGUGCCUAUGAGAGCAACGCCACUCAUUCCAGGCGCGCUGACGUUGUCGCAAGACUCGCCCGAAGCCUCUGCCCUUCCUCCACCGGCCAUCGCUCCCGGCCCCGCCGACUCGCUGGCGCCCAAAGCUAUCCCCAUACCGGCCACGCCUGCGCCUGCGCCUGCGCCAGUGCCCGCGCCAUCCACAGAGGCUGCCCCGCCUCCUGUCCAGCCCUUGGCCACGGCGUCCGCAAGCAGCGGCAAGUCGCGCAAGCGCAAGCGCCCGCAGGGCAAGAAGAACCGCUGCUACGAGUGCCGCAAGAAGGUUGGUCUGCAUGGCUUCACCUGCGAGUGCGACUUUGUCUUUUGCGGCAAGCAUCGCUAUCGCUACGCUCACCAAUGUGAGGUCGACGUCCGCGAGCGCGCCCGCAAGCAGCUUGCCUCGCUCAACACCGGCCGCACCACCAAGAUCAUCAAGAUCUAGCGCUCUUCCUUUAUCCCCCCCCCCCCCCCCCUUCGCGCCGCCC